AUGCGCGUCGUCGGUCUCCUUCUGCUUUCGCUCGCGGUCUCGGACGCAUUUUGGAUGAACACGCUCGCCAACCAAGUCGCGGCGCUCAUCAAGAAGCUCGAGCUCCCUGCUGUGAACAAGAUCAUUGACGACGCGGUCAAGGAGCAGCUGGCGGCCAACGCACUCAUCAAGCGCCCGCCGCUCGUGGCGCGCAAGACCGCCAAUGGCGCCCAGACGUACCGCAUUCUCCAAGUGCCGGAUUUGCACUACACCAAUUGGGACUACUUUCCGUGCAUGAACAAGCCCGACGACAUGAAGCAGAUGGUCGACGACACCAAACCCGACUUUGUCGCGUUCACCGGCGAUCAAAUCGAGUCGCUCUGGGUGCAAAAGUCGCUGGCGGCGAUUGACACAGCAACCGCGGUCGUCAACGCGCGCGGCUUGCCGUGGGCCAUGGUCUUUGGCAACCACGACGAAAGCUUGAUUCCGCAUCUCUUUUCGAACCGCAAGGUGAUGAUGGCGUACAUCGAGUCGCUUCCGCACUCGUACUCCAAGUACGGUCCAUUCGACAUUGGCGGCGCCGGCAACUACGAAGUCUCGAUCCAAGACGCCAGCGCCGCUGCCGCGAUGCGCCUCUACUUUGUCGACACGAACCGCGACGGGUCCGUGACGCCGGCGCAGAUCAAGCACGUCAAGGACCUCGGUGCGAGCCACAAGCGCGACAACGUGCCGGCGUUGAGCUUCUUCCACAUCCCGCUGCCCGAGUACAAAGACUUCAAGCCCACGAACGAGACGCAGGCACCAAGCGCGAAGACGUGGCAUCCAACGACCGCAACGACGGUCUCUAUGACGCGUUUGUGGCGAGUAUGGUUCUUCUACCGGCUACAACAGUGGUCUAAGCACUACUCUUUAGAUGGCGACGUCAAGGCGACGUUCUGCGGCCACAACCACAUGAACGACUUUUGCUUCAAGCGCGGUUCGAUCCAUUUGUGCUAUGGCGGCGGCGUCGGCUACGGUGCGGCGUACAACAAGGGCAACCACCCGCGUACGGGCCGCGUCAUCGAGUGGAACCGCAACGCGACGGACGAGUCGAUCGAGACGUGGCUGUAUCUCCACAACAAGGACAACACGCGCGCGAGCAAGUACUCGGUCUACCACCGCACGCUCCAGCAGUAA